CACAGGGGUGGAAGGAAUUGUUCCUCCUUCCACUGUCACUCGGACUAGCGCAGACAGACAGACAAGCGGGGUCAUCCCACCGUUAGUCAGCGGUGGACACAGCCAAGACGGAUCUCGGAUGCACCAUGGGACUGAGUGUCACUCUGUUUGUGAUGGCCCUCCUGCACUCUGGUGCUGCUUCCAUGAAGAGUCAGGCAUAUUUCAACAAGACUGGAGACCUUCCGUGCCACUUUACAAACUCUGAAAACAUAAGCCUGGAUAAGCUGGUAGUAUUUUGGCAGAACCAGAAAAAAUUGGUUCUGUAUGAGCUCUUCCAAGGCAAAGAGAAUCCUGAUAAUGUUGAUCCCGAGUACAAGGGUCGCACAAGCUUGGACCAGGAUAAUUGGACCCUGCGACUCCACAAUGUUCAGAUCAAGGACCAGGGCUUGUACCAAUGUUACGUCCAUCAUCGCAAACAGCCCGAAGGAAUGGUUUCCAUCCACCAAAUGAGUACUGACCUAUCAGUGCUUGCUAACUUCAGUCAACCUGAAAUAAUGCUAAUUUCUAAUGGAACAGAAAAUUCUGACAUAAUAAAUUUGACCUGCUCAUCUGCACAAGGUUACCCAAAACCUAAGAAGAUGUUUUUUCUGCUAAAAACCGUGAAUUCAACUAUCAAGCAUGAUGAUGUUAUGAAAAUAUUUCAAGAUAACAUCACAGAACUAUACAACGUUUCUAUCAGCUUGUCUUUUCCAGUGUCCCCUGAAACAAAUGUGAGCAUCUUCUGUGUCCUGCAACCUGAGCCAACCCAGACACAGCUUCUCUCCCAACCUUUCAACAUAGAUGCAAAGUCACCUGAGCCACACCGGCCUUUCCUAGACAAGACGUACAUGACUGCGAUUCUACUUGUACUGGUUUUGGUCAUUCUGUGUUUGAUAUUGAAGUUAUAUCAAACAGUAAAGAAAAAGAAGAAGAAACAGCUUGGCCCCUCUCAUGAAUGUGAAGCCAUCAAUGUGGAAGGGCAAGAGAAUGAACAGGCCAAGGAAAGAGUAGAAAACUGUGUACCUAAAAAGUCUGAUGAAGCCCAGCAUGUUGUUAACAUUUUGAAGAUAGACUCAGAUUUGGAGGUGGUGAUGAGAUCAAAGGAGACGUCCAGUGGCUUCAGGGAGAAGAAACAUAGGCCUGGUCCCCAGGAACCCUUUUGAGUUCACUGCCUUUCUCACCAUUACUGGGUUGUCUAAAACUAAAAUCCAU